AUGAAAGAACCUCUCAUGAAAUAUGAGAGAACUAAACACUUCAUGAUCUGGGCAGACAAUUCCACAAUAAUGAACCAUGGACACAUUAUGUACCUUGUCCAGUGCCUGUAUGAUCCAGCCUUCUUCUUCACACCUGAAGAAAUGAAGGCCAGAUGCCAUGAAAAUGUUGUUGUACCAUCUAUCAUUGACAGACCACAUCUUUAUAUUCUGGGCAGAUGUGGCUCUAAAGAAAUUGAGCAGCUAGCAUAUGUGGACACAAGACAAGAAUGCCUUGAUCACCUUCCCCACCAUGUAGAAACAAGCAAAGGGGAGAAAGUAAAUGAUGUUGUGAGAUUUUUCCAUUGA